AUGUCCUCGACGGAGGUGAACCCUAGCUCGCCUCACCCUCGACACCAGAUGGGGACCUAGCUCUAAAAUACUAUAUUCAUAUUUAGCUGAGCAUAAUAUUUAUUAUGACAUCUCCUAAUACUUUAUUAUAUACAUAUAGAUUAUUAAAAUGAGAUUAUUUUCCUAGUAGAUGAAUAAUGAAUAUGCCCUAGACACCAAAAGCAUCUACCUUAGUUGUCUUCGCCAUCUAGGCAUAUAUAUUAAAGCCAUCAUAUAUGUAUUUUUCAUAAUAAUGGAUCAAAAAGUACUCCAAGUUGAUGAUGAACAAACCCACCAUCACCAGUUCACUAAUUCCUCUGCUCAGAGCAAAACUGAAUCCCUUCCACCACCACCACGGUCCUUCCUCUCUUGCAUUGGCUAUCAUGAAUACUUUUUGCCUGAGAUGUGGAGGGCAGCAUUAACCGAGCUAGUAGCAACAGCCUCCCUCAUGUUCGUCCUCACCACAUCCAUAGUUUCCUGUUUGGACUCAAACGACCCAACCCCAAAGCUCAUCGUCCCCUUUGCAGUCUUCAUUAUCGCCUUCCUCUUCCUCCUCCUCACAGUCCCACUCUCCGGUGGCCACAUGAGCCCUGUCUUCACCUUCAUCGCAGCCCUAAAGGGGGUCAUUACAUGGGCCAGAGCAUCUGUCUAUGUUCCAGCCCAAUGCCUCGGUUCCAUAACAGGUUUCCUCAUACUUAGAUCCGUUAUGAGCCACCAAGUGGCCAAAGCAUAUUCCUUGGGUGGAUGUUCUAUCAUAGACAGUGACGGGUCAUCCACCGGGCUUAACCCGGAAAUCGCUUUGGUACUUGAAUUUUGCUGCACUUUUGUCGUGCUGUUAAUAGGGGUGACAGUUGCAUUCGAUAAGAGGAGGUGUAAAGAGUUAGGGUUGGUUGUGGUGUGUGGUGUGGUGGCAGCUGCAAUGGGGGUUGCGGUUUUUGUGUCUAUUACUGUAACUGGGCGGGCGGGGUAUUCUGGUACAGGUUUGAAUCCGGCUAGGUGCUUAGGUCCGGCUUUGUUGGAAGGAGGGAAAUUGUGGGAUGGGCAUUGGGUGUUUUGGGUUGGUCCAUUUGUUGCUUGUAUUGUCUAUUAUAGCUUUUCUCUUAACUUGCCAAAGGAGAGAUUUCAGUGGGUUGAAGGAGAAUAUGACUUCUUCAGAUUGGUAGCAGGCAGACAGCUCAAUAAUUGAACAUGUACAUAAUCUUCUUCAGACAUGUCACUAACAAUCUUUAAUUUCAAAUAACCCUAGAACAAACAAGGCCAGGCCUUAG